AUGGCCGCAGCAGGGCAAAGGCGAAAGCAGCGUGCCACCCUGGCGAACGGCUGCACCAGCACCGCCCAGAUGCACAAGCCUCGCUCGUUGGCGAACGCCAAGGUGAUUGUUUGUGCAGGUGCAACGCUGCCUGAAGGCCGCAAGCUUCGAGUGGCGGUGAUUGGCGGAGGGCCUGCAGGCGCCAGUGCUGCAGAUGCUUUGGCCCAGGAGGGAAUCGAGACCUACCUGAUCGAGCGGAAGAUGGACAACUGCAAGCCUUGCGGCGGCGCGAUCCCGCUCUGCAUGAUCGACGAGUUCGGCCUUCCCAAGGACAUUGUUGACCGGCAGGUCAAAAAGAUGACCAUGAUCUCGCCCACCAACAAGGAAGUCCAGAUUGGUCAGACCCUCAAGGAUGACGAAUUCAUUGGCAUGGUUCGCCGCGAGGUCCUUGAUGACUUCCUCCGACAGCGGGCCAAGAAGAACGGUGCCACACUGAUCAACGGGCUUUUCAUGGGUAUGACCAUUCCACAGCAAAAGAACGAGCCGUACGUCCUCACCUUCAACGAGUUUGCUGAAGAGGCAAGCAAUGCUCGCAAGGGCGAGAAGAAGACGCUGGAAGUCGACGUGGUGAUUGGUGCUGAUGGGGCAAACAGCCGUGUCGCAAAGGACAUUGAGGCGGGGGACUAUGAGUAUGCCAUUGCAUUCCAAGAGCGCAUGCGCAUACCGGAGAAGAAGAUGGACUACUACAAGGACCGGGCCGAGAUGUAUGUUGGAGAUGAUGUUUCUCCCGACUUUUAUGCUUGGGUUUUCCCGAAGUGCGAUCAUGUGGCCGUCGGCACUGGCACUGUGAUUGACAAGAGAGGCAUUCAGAAGUACCAGCAGGGCAUUCGCGACAGGGCGGCUGUUCGCAUCGAUGGUGGCGAGAUCAUUAGGGUGGAGGCACAUCCCAUCCCCGAGCAUCCGAGGCCUUGGCGAGUGAAGGACAGGGCGAUCCUUGUCGGUGAUGCAGCCGGAUACGUGACGAAGUGCUCGGGCGAAGGCAUCUACUUCGCUGCCAAGAGCGGACGCAUGUGUGCUGAGACGAUUGUGAAAAGCUCCAAGAGCGGAGUCCGCAUGAUCGAUGAGGCGGACCUCAUGGAGCACAUCCGGGAGUGGGAUUCCAAGUACGGGCCCACUUACUUGGUGCUGGACUUGUUGCAGAAGGUCUUCUACACCAGCGAUGCUGCCAGGGAGAGCUUCGUCGAACUCUGCGAGGAGGAGUACGUGCAGAAGGUGACCUUCGAUUCGUAUCUCUAUAAGACAGUCCAGGGCAACGACCCAAUCGGAGAUCUGAAGUUGGGAUGGAAGACACUCACAUCCCUUUACAAGUACAACAACCAGAAGACACCGGAUCCAAUGCGGACCCUUGCUUGA